AUCCCCGUCGGCGCCGUUGGAGAGGAAAACCACCGGCGGCACCCACAGACCCUCCCUCCUUCGCCCUCCGAUUCUCGCCUCCUCUUCCUUCUACUUUGAUCCCUCGACGAGUCCCAUUUUAAGUAAAGAAUAGAAGGCCAUGGCUUCUCAUCGGGCGUUGAAAUGGUUUUGUUCUUGUAAUGUUAUCGCCUUGUUUCUUCUUUUCCUGUGGCCGCCUCUUUCUGGUAGCUCGGAAGCAAUUGCGACCGUGGACGUCCACGCCGCGAAACGCCUCGUGUACUCCGGCCACCGCUACCUGGACGUCAGGACGGUCGAGGAGUUCAACAAGGGCCAUUUGGAGAACGCCAUAAACGUCCCCUAUCUCUUCUUCACCCCACAAGGAAAGGAGAAAAAUCUCAAGUUCGUGGAGCAGGUCUCGUUGGUUUGCGACAAGGAUGAUCACAUAGUUGUGGGAUGUCUAAGCGGAGUGCGGUCCCUCCAAGCUGCUGUGGAUCUUCUCGACGCUGGUUUCAAGCAUGUUCAGAACAUGGGAGGUGGGUAUGCCGCAUGGGUAGAGAAUGGGUUUGCCGUGAAGAAACCUCGAGAAGAGCUGUAGUGCUCGUGUUAAGUUGAUUCACAUAUGUACGUCUAUAGAAAUAAAAUAAUAUUGAAACAAAUAUCAGCUAAGAAUAUGUAUAGUGCUAUUCUUGAAUUUAAUGUGUUCAGGUUGUAUCUUUCAUGGUAAAGAAUGAUUCAUCUUCUUUUGCGACGUCGAUGUCGAUUGUUGGAUCAUGUAGUAGCCGCUUCAAGAUCUAUAUCGAUGGAUGAAAGGAAAAGUUUGGAAUGCUUUGAGACA